UUCAGCGCGGCACCAGGGAACCGGGAACCGGGAACUUGGAACUGGGAUCCAGGAAUAAGGAGACAAAGGAAAUAUACUUCAAAAUGGGUUUCGAAAAGAGAACCAUAAAGAUCAUAGUGUGCGUUGCUGUAUUAUUAUUGGUGAUUGGAGCAAUAAUCGGCUUGGUACUUGGACUUGUUCUGCCGUACCGAUACGUUGAGCUGGAGGUAUGGCCGCGAUCAGAUGAGUACAAUCGGGAGCAACCGCUUAUCCAGUUCCGCGUCAACGACCCCGGCAGCUGGCAUCCCUGGUACAACCGCAUCAAUGACUUCCUCCGUGCGUACGAGACGAAUGUUCCGGAGGAGCCGCCGCGCGCGCCCUGCUCUACACUGCGCCACGACCAGCGCGUGCCUAGCCCCAACUGUGAACGCGCGCUGGCCGUGUGGGCGCCCUGCAUCGCUGACAACUUCUACGGCUACCGCGAUGGUACGCCCUGCGUCUUUCUCAGGCUGUCGCAUAUCCACUACUGGGUACCGGAACCGUACAACGUGUCUCUGCCGCUAGCCCUGCCACCUGACAUGCCCAACAACAUCAAGCAGAUGAUGAUGCAACGCCCUGCGCACGUAUACGGUGACUACGUGUGGGUGUCGUGCGGCGGCGAGUUCAGCUCGGACCAGGAGAAUGUAGGCCCACUGCAGUAUAUACCCGCGGGACUGCCCCCUGGCUUCCCCACCGCUCGCCUGCACACCGCCGACCGCAUCCCACGUGCCGCGCGCGCGCAACCUGACCCAUUGCCCGGACCACUCAUCGCGCUACUCUUUGAAAACCCACGACGUGGUGUUUUGAUCAACGUGGAGUGCAGGAUCUGGACCCGAGACAUCCUUUACGACCGCACCAGCCGUGUCGGCCGCGCGCGCUUCGAAAUAUACGUUGAAUAAAUUCCUAUUCCUUGAUAUUACUUACUUAAUAAGUUGUACAUUAUUUUAUGGUUGCUAUUACUCAUUUGAAUCUAAUAAUUAAUAAAAUGUUAACCAUCGUUACUCUACAAUAUAAGAGCAAAACUACAUUUUGAUUAUGAAGAGAGUAAGUUUUUAUAACAUUACGCGGCUAAAUUGUAUGAUCAGUGUUACCCUGUAAAGAAAUGUUUUGUUUUAAAUCUG